CGAAAUAGAAAAUCAGAACAUUCAUAAUGAUCAAAUCGGGUCGCAGUCGGUUUCCUUCCUUGUUGCAAGCUGCAUGACUCGCCGUCUGGGUAUGGAAAAUUUACACACUCCUUGAUAUCACAAUUCUUCUAUCUACUCUAGGUCUAUGGUGUUACAGUAUGAUUGCUGCCAAUAUCACAAUUCUUGAAAAGCAAAAUGACAGAAGUGAAGAACAUGUUCGCCCAUCUACUAGGGGACCACUUUUACAACUAUCAACAGUAAAUUUAUUUUUAUUCCCGUACACGAGGUACAAAAUGCAUCAGAAAUUUCGUCAACUUAGAGGAUGUCACUUGAUGUCCUGCUAACUAAGAGAGAAGGCGAAGGCAAGCUUUGUCAUGCAGAAACCGCUUUUGUAUGUCGUGUGCAGGAAAUUAUUUUUUUUACUGUGGAUAGUACUUACGGCCCAAGUAGUACGACUCCAACGACCGGAGAAAUGAAAUGGAGCACCGAGGAGCAGAACAUAGCAGCUGCAGCGUCCGCACGGAAUAAUAUCAACAUGACAGGCGCGGCGUCCUUACAACACCAUAACUACCAGCAGACGUGGUCCUCGGGAACAAUGCUAAACUGGGACGAAAUCCCAACUCUGCUUUUUGACAAUGUCUAUUCGCAGUUCGAGUUUUUCAGACAAGAACUCGAAGACUUCAGAAUCGCCGUGAACUGGAGAAAGGACGGAGUUUUCUUUACCCUGCGCAAAUAUUAAAACGCCCCCGCGCGCCCACAGUCAAGCAGCUGGGAAAUAGUCUGAAAGACAAAUGAUCCACAAGGUUUGGUUGUUGGGGUUGGGCUCCUUGCGGUGGUGUACUGGUGUUUUUCGACCAAGUGCAGCAGUAGCAUCUUCACAAAAGAUCGAGCGCCCUCUCCUGAAUUAAGCAAGAGAAAUUUCAAAACACCACUGGGAAUAGAUGGUUGUCAUGUUGAUUGUAGUUGAGGCUGUGCACCACGAUAAGCAUUUCGGUCUUGCAUGAUAAUGCAUGACAAGUUUAUGUAGUUAGUGCAGGGGCGACGAUUUAUUUACACGGGAUAUUUUUCCUCCUGCUCUUCUCCUUUCAUCUCCAGUACCUGCUCGCGAUCCUGUUUUUGAAGCUCUCAGCGAAAACCUGUUUUCUUCUCUUUUUCUGCAACGCGGCUAUUUGCAGUUACUUCCUACCAAUGUUCAACGAUUUCAUGCGCCGGGGUGGAGAAGAUCUUACCGAUACCAGCUCUACUAGCGUUAGUUCGACGAACGCGAUCAAGGUUUUCGGGUUGUCUGCGAAUUACUUUGAUGAGGUAUUACAAUGAAAAGUGCGCCCACGACGACCCCGGAAGCUGCAAAAAUUUCUGAUGCAUAACGUUUUCAAAGAAAUGCUGAAAAUCUUUUUUUAUCUAUAGAAUCUUUCUGAUGCGGAACCUAGACUGAGCAAGGCAUCUUUGGCAUACCAGGUUCGGCUGUUGCUGGGCUGCUCGUGUGCAACACAAAUUCAUAGUUAUUCAGCAUUGAGUGAGAAUUUGUUGUGCUGAAAAAUGUAGGAUGGGAGAUGUUUCCCGAGGAAAUUUUUGCGAAUACAAAUGCAUCCACGUCGUUCUGGGGUCGUGGUGGGGGCAGUUUUCAUUGUAAUAUGAGGACGGCUGGUUUGUCACGGCCACGGUCGGCUUCCCCUUGCUGUGUUUGAACGUGGUGUAUCGCGCGUGAAGAGCUGUGUAGGUUCACUGUGACGAUUUUAUUGGAGGACUCGCAUGACAAAUUUGUGUCGCAUGACAAGAACGAAAAUUAUUCACCUAAAUGAACCAUUUAGUUGAGUAAUGUGGGCCAAAAUUAUGCCACGACUUGUUGCAGUUGCAGCAGGACAUCAAGCGCUGGACUUUGACAUCCUCUGCAUCACAAGGUCACAGUGAAGAAGCAGUCUUUUGUUCUUGCGAUAUGAUGCUGUUGUUGAAGAUACUGAAGUACCAACCGUAAGAACUAUGUCUGGGUUAUCCCACAGAAAAAAGCUGGCAGGGCAUGUUUGUAAUGCAGAAAUAAAUACACAGAAAAAUCUGUCAUGGGCGGCCUCAUAGCAUGCUGCUUGGGAUACGCAAUACAGAUUUUUUUGUGUAUUUAUUUUUGCAUUACGAAUGUGACCUGCCAGCUUUUUUCUGUGGGAUAUGGGUCUUCUAGAACAGCGCAACUUUCUGUCAUGCGUCUUUUCUUGCCUCACGCUCACCCAAAAAGUGUCUGGAAUGCAAUACAGCAUUUAUUAUAGUACAGAGAACCAUUCCGAUUCCAUGCAGUCUAUUCCGCAUCAUGAGCAUGUGAUAUUGGUUCACUCUUGUGGGUGGCAUCAACACAGGUGCAAAUUUUGCAGCCCAUGCAAGACAGAUUUUUCUCUGACUGACAGAAGAACGCAUCGCAAGUUUGCUCCUUUCCAGAACCAGACUUAUGUUUGCUGAAUGCAUACGCAAUUAACGUUCGACUUGGCGGCGACCGUGACGAGGAGACAGCUAGGCAGGAGGGGAACAACGGCGAGCAGCCAUUUAGAAGUAACCACACCCACUGUGUCCCUGUGCGGGCGGGAAGAUGGAGGAGGAAGUAGAGAAGCCCUGCGCAGACGCUGAAAGAGUCUGACGUAUAAUCAAAGAUGAACCAAUUACCAAGAGCAACUCCAACUCGAGCCUGUAUUUGUAGCGUUGACUCUGGCGCUGCCAUCCGGAACAUUGAAAAGAAGCCUGCCGCAGCGCUCUAAGUCGCUUCAAUCGAC